AUGGGUGACCACGCUACCAUCUCCAACGAGGACGCCUUCGCCAAGGGCAAGGGCAAGGCUGACCCCACCAAUGAAGUGAGCAUGGACGAGGAUAGCUCCUCCGAGGAUGAGCCUGAACUGCCCGACAACGAUGAUGAAGAGGAGGGCCAGGCCCACGGUGACCCCAUUGACGAGAGCAAUAUCAUUCAGGGUGGUCGCCGCACCCGUGGCAAGGUCAUCGACUACUCCAAGGUUGCCGCCGACGAUAUGGAGGAUGACGACGAGGACGACGAGGAGUACGAGAGCCGCGAGGACAAGGCAGACGAUGACGACCAGAUGCGCGACUAA